AUGUCUGAAGUACAGGGAACAGUGGAGUUUUCAGUGGAGCUGCACAAAUUUCACAAUGUGGAUCUGUUCCAAAGAGGGUUUUACCAGGUGCGCACGGGGUUAAAAGUGUCGCCUCGAGUCCUGCACCGGCUGAUAGCAACAACACAUGGCAAUACAGAAGGAUGCAGUUUCAGCUCCCCCGGGGUCUAUGAUGGCACCGUGUACAGCCGAAUUGUGCAGAUCUUGUACAGGAACGAGGAGAUCACUGUGAACGACUGGAUGGUCUUCAGAGUGCACCUCCUGCUAGACGGAGACAGAGUGGAGGAGGCGCUGAGUGAGGUGGACUUUCAGUUGAAGCUCGAUCUCCAUUUCACUGAUAAUGAGCAGCAAUUAGCAGAAAUAGCGACCGUGCCUCUCAUCAGCUCCCGGACCCUCAACCUGCACUUCCACCCACGCAAAGGGCUCCACCACCAUGUCCCCGUCAUGUUCGACUACUUCCACCUGUCUGUCAUCUCUGUCUCCAUCCAUGCAUCACUGGUGGCCUUGCAUCAACCACUGAUCAGCUUUGCACGCACAGGGAAAAGCUCAUGGCUGGGGAAGGGAUCACCUGAGAGCACGGCAGACGCCUCUGCUCCGGAGAACUUGAUGUUUGGAACCGGCUACUGCAAACCUGUCAUCUCUGAGGGGAGUUUUUAUGUGGCCAGUGAGAGCUGUGCACAGCGGGCUCACACAUGGCACCGAAGACUCUGUCGCCUCCUGCUGGCCGCACACAGGGGCCUGCACACGUACCACACUGCACUGAUGAAGGAGAUCCCGCAGCUGCAGCAGACGCCACUCGAGCCCGAACUGUUGCCUGUUGAGGAAACCUUAAACCAGCUCACUAUAGAAAUCCAGUUACAGGACGGCCAUGAGAAGGUGGCUGAGCAGAUCAGCAGAGACAUGAGCCAUCUGUGCACCCAGCUCAGCGCGCUCUGGAGCCACUUCCUGGAGACGGUGAUCAUGAGCCCACACAUCCUGUCCUACCUGGCCCAGGAGCACCACACGCUCAGGGUGAGAAGAUUUUCUGAAGCUUACUUUUUCACCGAACAUCCCAAAGAAUUAUCCCUGACAUUUCAAGAAGAACUAAUCAGCAGACACGGGCAGAUGGCUGCUGAGGUGCGCAGCUCCGAGUACCUCACCAAGAUGCCUCCUUUACCCGCCGAGUGCCUGGACAUCGAUGGAGACUGGAACAGCCUGCCUAUCAUCUUUGAGGACAGAUUUGUGGAGUCCCCAGUCACCGACUGGCUCACAGAGAAACCCAAGCUAAACAGGGAGGCAAAAAAAUCCCACCCGGCUGACAUCUUCGAAGACGACCGCGGGGAGCGUCCACUGGCGCUGCUUCAGGAUGCUUCUGACAGUGACGAGAGCAUGGAUCUGCCCACCUACGUGUCCCUGAUGGCGGAGCAAAGCCGAUCGGCCAACAACCACCUCCGCUCUCCCGGUCACUCUGUUCAACCUACGCAGACAGAAAAAGACGACGUGGAAAUGUCUGCUAAAGAGUCAAAAGAAAUCAACUGUAGCAAUCUUGAAGUGGCAAAAAUAGUGUUUCAAACGAGCACGAACGAUGAAGUUUCUGAUAUUGCCAUGCCUCUGCACCAGUCUGUAGAUACUGACCCAGAUGAUAUUCCUCUAUUGACCAUACUUACCCCUCUUUCGAUCACUCCAGACUUCCGUAAGGACUUGACUCUACGAAGUGGCCUUAUCGGCUCCAAGUUCAUCAAGCGCUCCUCAUCACUCAUUUCCGAUUCAGGUAUUGAAAGCGAGCCCAGUUCGGUCGUGUGGCCCGUGGAAUCUUUACGGAAGGCUCAACCUUCGGAUUUCUCCAGUGAACGAGAAAUCCCUCAACAAAUCAUCUCCAAACUGCCGAUCCAUCGGAGUUCAUUGGAAGGGCUUUUGAUGGAGAGCAAUGGGAGUAUCCCGAGCGCAGGCAUACAGGCGUCAUUGAAUUCUAUCAGUUCAUUGCCGUAUGAGGAGGAACAGCACAGGCAGCUCAGAAAAAGUGUGGGGAGCGCAUCAGUAGAGGACGUGCAUCUCAUAGAAACGAACGGACACGUGGGCAAACUAAGAGCCGAAGCACCAGAAGGUACACGGACGAGAAGCGAUCGCAAAAGCUUAAGCGACUCUAAUUUGCUCGAUGUGGAAUAUAAAGAGUCAAGCAGUGAGCGCAGACCCAAAAGCGCCACCGCCCUCAGACCAACAGAGCUGGCCGGACUCAGCAACGUCAUGUCAUUUCCAGAGCUCAACAGGACGUUAGCUGGGGAGAAGGAUCACCGGGGAGACGGCCAAUGUAAAGCCAAGAUCCCCAACUCAGGUCUGGCGUUUGUGAACAAGAAGAUGGUGGAGGUGGUGAACAUGUCGGUGUCCUGCGCGCCCACGUGUCUGCCCUUCUCUUCAGCUCUCAGAGAAUCUCCGUCCAUGGGUGGUAUGUCCGCCCGCCAAGCUACCUCUCCCAUUACCCAUCAACCCCUGGGGUCCUUCGGGAUCAUCACGUCAGAGUCCAUAAAUCCCCUGAACAUGGAUGAGGAGACCAAUGAGCGCAUGUUGAAUUUCUACAAAGCCAAAGAGGUCCUGCUGAAAGAGCUGAGCUUUGCGGGCGUCCUGUACAGUGACCUUCCUGAGCUGGCCUCCGAUCUGCCCUACUUCCCGCCUGAAGAGGACGAUGAGGAGUUUGAGGAUGGAAUACAUUUAGUGGUGUGUGUCCAUGGGCUUGACGGAAACAGUGCAGACUUACGACUGGUGAAGACUUUUAUUGAGUUAGGCCUGCCCGGCUCCCGGCUGGACUUCCUCAUGUCUGAGAGAAACCAGAGCGAUACGUUUGCCGAUUUUGACACGAUGACUGACAGGCUGUUGGACGAGAUCAUUCAGCACAUCCAGCUCUACAACCUCACCAUCAGGAAGAUCAGCUUCAUCGGUCACUCUCUGGGGAACAUCAUCGUCCGCUCGGUGCUGACCAGGCCUCGAUUCCGCUGCUAUCUACCCAAACUGCACACCUUUUUGUCUCUGUCGGGGCCACACUUGGGAACGCUCUACAACAGCAGCACGUUGGUCAGCACGGGCUUGUGGUUAAUGCAAAAGCUGAAAAAGUCUGGCUCCUUGCUGCAGCUCACUUUCAGAGAUCACGUGGACCCGCGGAAAACGUUCCUCUACCUGCUCAGCCAAAAACCAGGACUCCAGUUUUUCAAGAACGUGGUGUUGGUGGCUUCUCCGCAGGACCGCUAUGUCCCGUUCCACUCGGCCAGAAUAGAGAUGUGCAGAACAGCUCUCAAAGACAGAACCACAGAGGUGGUGGUGGUGUUGAGAUCCUUCGAGGUGGUGGUGGUGUUGGAGAUCCUGCGAGGUGGUGGUUGGUGUUGA